AUGAAAGAAGACAAAAGCAUACAGAAAAGAAUACCGCGUUCAGUACCAAAAGGAAAGGAAAAGAGUUAUAAGUAUAUGAUAUAUACUGAAGAGUUGGAGAAAGAAGAAGACAGAGAUAUGGUUAUGUUGCAUUUAGUGAGAAGAAACAACAAGAGCUUUUAUGACUUAGCUAAGAUAUAUAAAUCUGACAGAAACUGGUUCUAUCGUGAAAACUUACCGAUUUCAAUGACACCGAAUGAGCAAAUAAAGGAAAUUGUCAAAAAUACUCUUCCUCAAACACACUAUGACAUCAAAGGUUGUACAAUACUUACAUUCAAAGAAGACUUAACAUUACUGAAGGAAAAAAUAACAGAAUAUUUCGAUAACUUCAAAGAGGAAGAAUGA